AGCUGUCCGCCCGGAGAGCUUUCACUGUAUAUGUACUUUCACGUACAUUAUAAGGUCGGACCUGCACGCCUCCGUGCCUUUUGAGAUUGUUUUUAAAAUAGAUUUCUUUCGGCUAUAUAAGGUUAUCUAUGAUGUGAAGUGAACAGAUAAACGAUUGUGUGUACGUAACAAUAAGUGGUCGCUCCUAAAUAAUUCAUACUGAAAUUCAACUUUUUGAAGCCGACCAAUUCCCAGUUAUAUUUAGAAAAAAAAGGACGAUUUUAUUAAAAGAGACAAGCGGAUGCACGUACAUACACAUGUACAAAGGUCAUAGUUGCAAUGUUUACAUCAAAAGCUUCUUUCGAAACGCAUGCGCCCGCCGACAAGCUUUUUAGCCCAGGUUUGCAGGUGUAGUGCGAUGGAAUUUCGACGUGUUAGUUUCGCAUCGCGGCUAGAAAAGUAAUAUAACUUUUUGCCAGUGCUCGUUAUUUUCCUUCUUGGGUUUUUAUUCAAAAAAAGAAUCCACUAAAUUUUGGAAACAGAGAGUUCAUAUUAUUUUUGUGUACCCCCAAUCGAAAUCCUGCGAACGUGCGCAUAUGAAAAUAAGCAAAUAGUAAAAUGUAUCUUGGAAUUUUGGCAAACAUAUACAAGUGCAUAGGAAAAGACAUACGAGCAUACAUACUCACUCGUUCAUUAAAUAAAAUCAAAUCCGUGACCAUUGAAAAAGUCGGCAAUAUCUAGUUUAUAAAUUUUCAGUGCUUAGUGAAAUAUUAUUUAAUUGACCAUACUUAAGGAAUACUUCAUAAACUUAGGUAUACGCAACUACUGCAAAAUAUAUAAACCUAUGUGUUAUACAUACAAUGUUAUAUCCCGUGUAGAUGUGUAAUUGAGUGUUCAUACAUAAGUGUUGGUGCGCUCAUCUUCCGUGAAAAUUCAGAUGAUAAAAUGUAACUUCUUACUCAAUUAAACAUACCAAUCCGAAAUAGUGGAAAACUCAACUUAAUAAUGAUAUCAAACAAAUAAAAGUUAUUGAUAACUAACCAUUGUUAUUUGAAAAAAAGUAUACAACAUGGAGUUAUUGCUAAUAUUUAUGUUAGCACUUCAACUUAUAGAAUCCAGCAUCGGAAGUAAAGAUGUACCAAUUCACCAAAUCGAAUCUCUGGUUGGUGAAAAUAUUUAUCUUCCUUGUAAUGUAACAACCUAUGAUGGUGAUGAACCUGUGUUGGUUCUUUGGUACAGAGAUGAUAAAGGUACCCCCAUAUAUAGCAUCGACAUUCGAGCGGGAGUGUCCAAAGCACCAAAAAGAUGGUCAGACGAUUCAGUCUUCGGAGAUAGGGCUUAUUUUAUAUUUGACAAGGAACCGGGAAAGCUGUCAAUUCAAAAUACGCAAGCAUCCGAUUCGGGAACAUAUAGAUGCCGAGUAGAUUUUCUAAAAGCGCAGACCAUAAAUAGCCGCAUUAGGCUCAAUGUCAUAUCUCCACCAAAGCAAGUUAUCAUACGAGAUAGCUCUAAUGUUGAGCGUUCUACGGUUGUGGGACCAUAUAGCGAAGGCGAUAUAGUAUCCCUAAAAUGUCAAGUAAUUGGAGGUUAUCCUACUCCCACUAUCAGCUGGUAUCGCGAUGGCCUAGAAAUACCAUGUGAAUUAGCUCAUUUAGCAGGAGGUAAAAUAAUCGAAUGCGAAAUUACACUACCAUCGCUGGGCAGAGAAGAUCUUAACUCCCGACUUACCUGCCGGGCAUUAAGCCAUCCCAGAGCACCCAUCGUCGAAGCAGUGGUUCAAAUUGAUAUGAAUUUUGCCCCUUUAAAUAUCCGACUCCUAGGGGCACAUCAGCCAUUGUCUGCUGGUCGAAGAUACGAUCUAUUGUGCCAAAGUGCUGGCUCCAGACCGCCUGCCGUAAUUACUUGGUGGCAAAAUGGGAUACGGCUGGAAAAGACCACAGAAACUACUUCUAGUGAUGGCAACCAGACGACAAGCACUCUCUCAAUCAGUCUCAGUAAAUCUGAUGCGGGGAAGUAUUUAUCCUGUAAGGCCUACAACCAUGCUGUUCCCUCCGAGCCCUUGGAAGAUGGCUGGAAAUUGGAUAUACAAUAUGUCCCAGAAGCAUACGUUCGUUUGGGAACAUCUCUAGAUCCAAGUACUUUACGAGAAGGAUCAGAUGUGUACUUUGACUGCCUGGUGAUGGCUCAUCCAAAUGUUUUCCGCAUCGAAUGGCGUCACAACGAACAACCUCUGUCACACAAUAUAUCACAAGGCAUCAUCAUAAGUAACCACUCCUUAGUUUUGCAAGGUGUUACGAGGGCCACAGCCGGAAACUACUCAUGUGUUGGUUUCAAUGCCGAAGGCGAAGGAAUCAGUGCUCCUUUUGCACUAAAUAUUCUAUACGCCCCAACCUGUGCACAGAACCAGAAGAAGGUGUACGGCAUAGCAAAGCAGGAGGAUGCAAAGGUCAUGUGCACCGUGGAUGCCAAUCCUCGCGAGGUCGAGUUUAGUUGGACAUUUAAUAAUUCUGCCGAAAGUAUUGAUGUUGCCACAAACCAUAUUAUUCGUUCGGGCACCACCUCCAUUGUAACAUAUACUCCCAUAACCGAAUUAGAUUACGGAACUCUUUUAUGUCUGGCAUCUAAUAAAAUUGGUAAACAGCGGAUACCAUGUGUCUUCCAUAUAAUCGCUGCAGGUCGACCGGAAAAAGUACACAAUUGUACAGUUAAUAAUAUAUCCAUGACAUCUUUGACCGUGACUUGUAGUGAUGGUUUCAACGGCGGCUUGCCACAAAAUUUCAACUUGGAGCUGCUGGAUUCUUACACUCAAGAAAUAAAAGCAAACAUCACCUCGACUAUACCAAAGUUUACAGUUCCGGGCUUAAGUCCGGGAAGCAUAUAUCGGCUAAAUAUUUACGCGUUUAACACUAAAGGUCGAUCUGAUCCGGCUAUAGUCAAUGCGGCAAUGCUUCGAAUGCCUGAAAAACAACUGACUUCGGAGCAGACCCAUAACCUUCGCGCAGAGCUCUUAUUUUCGCCCGUGAUGUCGUUGACAAUUGGCUUAACCCUUGCUGUGCUGGUCGCAGUACUGGCCAUCAUCCUAGCACUUCGAAUACCCUGCACUGCAUCAUCGAGAAGGCGACAAAAGGAACUCUCCAAUGAAAAUAUUUCGCGAGAUGAGUCGCCAGGACCAAGUGACAAAAGUUCCGGCAGUAAGGAAGUAGACGAUUGUGAUGAAAAGAAUCCGGAUGUGGUACCUGAAUCUGUUGAAGCUGAUGAGCAGUCCGAAAGUAUCAGAAAAAGGCAACAGAUCUCUACCAUUGAUACCAAUCGCAGUCCAAAUCGCGGAAUUUUCGUGAAUGAGCAGCAACAUUUGACAGCAGCCGAGAUAUCCUUGCGCGCCUCCCAUGGAAUUGGUUACUGUACACUGAGAAGUGGAAUGCACGCCCAGGCCCAGAGUUCAGUGGGAGAAAUAUCAAUUAACGUAACACCCCACGUCUACUCGAAUUCGAUAACGCAAUGCACUCUGCCUCGUCAGUCAUCGCAGAAUAUGUGGAAUAACUAUAAUUGCAACAUCACCGGGGCAAGACCAACAUCCACAUUCCACCAGCUGACCUUUCCCCAGGGAAGGGUCAAUGUGAAUGGCCAUAACCCGACGCAACCACUCCAUGGACACGCGCCCUCGCCAUCGCUGGCGUCCACCAGCUCGAUGGCCUCAUCGUCGAAUACAUUGCCUAGCCAGCCACAUCCUCAUGGCAGAACCAUUGCCCUGCAUCACAUGAACCAGGCACAGUGCGGCAGGGUCUGCAUCGGAAUUGCCAGCGAUGGUAUCCACUCCGCCGAACAAAACCUUUCCGACGACGAGGUGACCGUCCAAACUCCAUUAAUGAUAAAGCGCGAUAGCACCGUAUGACUAUAGAAAUUCCACAGGGUAUUCGACACGCCCCUGUGAUUAGGAUUUACAAUUUUCUGUAUUCUGCAUUUCGAAACUCAAUAGAAUAAACUUUUUAUACCACUUUAUUAUUAUUAUUGAAAACAAUAUUCUGGAGAGCUCAAUUAUUUUCGGCCAAAUAAAUGUUAGUUUUAAACGUUGUUAAAUAUAAGUUAUACGAAACCAAUAUCCAAUGAAAUAACUAAUAGGUUUUAAAACUUUGAUUCUCAAUGCAGAACAGAAGGUUUACGUGUGUGUCUGGCCAAUGCAAAUACUUUUACUGCAGUUUUUAAAAAAUACCUAAACUAUAUACUGGCAUCAAACGAAUUUAUAGACUGGGUUUGAUAUUUCAGACGAUUGUGUUAAUCUUAUAUUUAUUUGAAAAGCAAUGAUGUAAAAAAUAUGUUUUUCUUAUGCAUUUUAAAAACGAAUUGAGUAUCUCAGAAGGAGUAUCUCUAAGGAUAAUUCAAAAUGUAUGCGGUGACUCAUGUACGGCCAAUGUUUUUGUUAAAAUAACUAAAAAAGACAAAUUACAAAUUAUUGUUAAUAUUUGUGUUCCAGUCUUUUAUGAUUCCAAGUACUUAUAAGUUUAAACUACAUCCCUAGGCAACUUUAGGCUCGAAUGAUUUAGCCAAGUAAAACCCAACUAUUUUGUAUGGUUUUAGAGAUCUGCACCAAGAAAGAUAAGUUUAGUCAAAUAAAAUUUGAUAAAACAAUUGCUCAUUUGUAUGAAAAGCCAAGUCAGCAUUUUUUUAUAGAUCCAUAAUAAUGUCUGUGUAUGUUCGUGAUGAUAAAUAAAAUUUUAUAUAACUUGCUCAAAUAGAAACUAAACCAGUGUUACGAAUGAAGGAAGUGUUCCCAAUUUGUUUCUUCCAACGCUGGCCGGCAUUUAUUUUCAAAUAUUUCAUUUUAUACUGGUCGAACUUACAUAAUACUUAUAUUUAAAAAUACCAUAUAUAUUAGGAACUUAGCGUAAAACUACUGUGAGCAGUAUUAUAAUAUCUAAGUUAUAAAUAAAAAUAAAAUACAAGUAAA